AGUCCUGCCAAGGCUAUGAGAGGACGCAGUCCGGAGAAUCUCAGUGGACACGUACUGUAUGUAGGACUCUUCGGGCACCCCGGGAUGCUGCACAGGGCCAAGUAUAGCCGUUUUCGGAAUGAGCCCAUCACUUCCUUAGAUGAAGGGUCUUCUGGAGGUUCAGUCAAUGUCAAAGGUGUACCUCAGACUUCUCCUUCUUCUCCCCUGCCAGUUCACCUGCCUGGGGAAGAUGUCACCUUGGCGGCUCAGGAUAACCCCACCCCACUGUGCACUUUGAUGCCCCGAAUGGCAAGCCUCAGACUGGCCAAUCCAGCAAACCUCCUGGGACUGAAAAACUUCUGCCUGGGGACCAGAGAGGUGCCCAAGCUCAAACUCUUGGAGAGCCGGGGGGCAGCUCCAAGCAGUCCAACUUCGCCAGAAGCCAGCCUCUCCCGGGCCACAUCUGCUUCAUCUCCCCAGCUGGAGGUAGAGGCUCAGGAUAGCUGCAUUCUGCCCUCCUCCGAGGCACCACCUUCUUUGGGCAGUCAGGAUGGGUCCUCUCGCCAGCACCUUUUGGGGACAGGCAUGAACUACUGUGUAAGGUACAUAGGCUGUGUUGAAGUGCUGCAGUCGAUGAGAUCCUUGGAUUUUGGCAUGAGAACCCAAGUUACAAGGGAAGCAAUAAGUCGCCUGUGUGAAGCUGUUCCAGGGGAAAACGGACCCAUUAAAAGACGCAAGCCUCCAGUUAAGUUUUUAUCUUCUGUACUUGGCAGAAGUAACCUUCAGUUUUCUGGAAUUAAUAUAAAACUGACCGUCUCAACAUGUAGCCUUACUCUGAUGAACAUUGAUACCCAGCAGAUUAUUGCGAAUCAUCACAUGCAGUCUAUUUCUUUUGCUUCUGGAGGUGAUCCUGACACCACAGACUAUGUUGCCUACGUAGCUAAAGAUCCAGUUAAUCAAAGAGCCUGCCACAUAUUGGAAUGUCCCAGUGGAAUGGCUCAAGAUGUCAUAAAUACCAUAGGGCAGGCUUUUGAACUCCGAUUUAAAGAGUAUUUGAAAAAUCCUUCGUCUUUGAAUAUUCCCGGUGAAAGGGAGGAGGUGAAUGUUGAGGACGAUACGGAAGAAAAAGAAGAACAUGAGUAUUACAAUGAAAUUCCAGGGAAGCAGCCGCCUGCUGGUGGUGUUUUAGAUGCCCGAAUGAAAGUUCAGACCCCAGAGCGAAGAACUUACUGCCCAAUACAAUGUGAAAAGCUAUGUUGCUCACCCCGGAACCCCAAAUGUAGCAGUGUAUAUGAAAACUGCUUAGAACCCAGCAAGGCAAUAGGUAGUAUCAGUGAAAGAGUUGUGAAGACCCAAAGGGAUCCAUCAUUAACGAAGCAUAGGUGCAGGGUGGAUCUCUUCGAUGAUCCCUGCUACAUCAAUACUCAGGCUUUUCAGACGGCAGUCUGCCCUUCUGGAAAUCAAGACUCCACUCAAAUACUUGGGAGCCCGUUACACUGUACAAAAGUACCAGAAACGGUUCAACCAAGUGCCACAAGCAGGACAGCUGGUCUGUAUGCUCUGCCCCAAAUCAAACGACAACUGAAGAAUGAGGACUGCUACCAUGGAAAACUAAGCCGGAAAGCAGCAGAAAGCCUCUUAAUUAAGGAUGGGGAUUUUUUGGUUCGAGAAAGUGCAACAUCACCUGGUCAAUAUGUGUUGAGUGGCUUACAAGGAGGUCAGGCAAAACACCUUCUACUGGUGGACCCAGAAGGCAAGGUGAGGACCAAAGAUCAUGUAUUUGAUAAUGUGGGUCACCUCAUUCGCUACCACAUGGAGAAUAGUUUGCCGAUCAUCUCUUCUGGAAGUGAAGUAAGCCUUAGACAGCCUGUAAGAAAAGAAAAUCAAAAAGGCCACCUCCAGCCCUACAAAUGACAGCACUGGAACUCCAUGACCCUGAAAUGCAAAGGAAUGCCAGCCUGUGAUAGGAGGAUGGAUUAAAUAAUCUCAAACUUUGUUUCUAAAUAGAAGAGAGCCCUGUCAACCACACCUUCCAAAAGCCAGUACAGAAGAGGUGUCCUUCUUUGAAGAAUAAAGCUUAACCUUCAGAAAAUAAAAAAUAAAUCAGGAGAGAAGACAAUUUGCCCAUAUGGGAAAGGAGAUUAAAGCAUGCACAGAUGUCACUUUUAAGGUCACACUGCAUGGAUAACAAGCUGAAAGCACAGUUAAACCACCACAUGCAAAAGAUAACUUGAAUGAACUGCUGAGACAGUUGUAUGUGCCUUUUGACUCGAGAUAAUUGGGACAUUUUUAUUUCACUGGAGAGGUUUUAAGUG